AGAUAGACCAAACCCUACUCUACUCUCUCCAUUUCUUUUUACCAGAAGCUCUCGCCUUUUAUCUUUUUCUUGCAUCAAUCCAUGGAUACAGCCAAAAUUGAGAUUGCUCGAAAUGUGGCUGCUGUUGUUGGUAGGAAACAUCACAGCAGUCUUCCUCUACUUGUCACAGGCAUGGUCCGGAUCCUGAUUGCGCUGCCCUGGGUGCACCCAACAAACAGCACCCUCCUCUUAAUCGGCAACGUCACCGUCGGCAUCAUUGCACUCUUCUUCGUUAUCCUCUUUCUCAUCUACUCCGAUAGGAAUAAGAGGUUGAAGGUGGGGCUGGUGGUGCUCCUCGAGCUCAUAUUGGUCGUCGUCCUCACUGUUAUUGUCCUCACUCUUUUACAGCGCCGUUCUCUGGCUGUUGGAAUCAUCGGCAGUGUCACAAGCAUCAUGGUGUACGCCUCGGCCUUGUCAGUCAUGAAACGGGUGAUAAGGACCAAAAGUGUGGAAGACAUGCCCUUAUCCUACUCUUUGGUUUCCUUUGUGGGUUCUUGUGCCUGGACUUGUUACGGUUUAUUCCCGUUUAACCCUUUCAUCUGUUUUACAAAUGGGUUUGGAACAUUGUUGGGCUUGGGGCAGUUAAUUUUGUACGCAAUAUAUUACAAGUCCACAAAGAGACAGAUGGAAGCAAGACAAACAGUCGAGGGUGAAAGCCGCGCUGAGUUAGGAGGUGGUCAGAAACGGACAUCCCCACAACCAUAACAUCUCGAUCUGUAUGAUUGCAGAUUUCGUUAUUUUUCAGUAUCAAUUGAUCC